CUCGGCUGCUUUCUCGCUUCCUUGACCCAGCCCUGGUUUUCCCCCAUAGACCCUCUCCUGUCUUUCUACUCUCAGCGACUCCUGGCAGACUUCCCGAGAUCCCUCCUGGACACAGGCCGGAGGGUCUUCUAGCUUCGGCCCUUCACCCUCACCCACCAGCCCAUUUGUGAUCCUGGCACCAUGCCCCACAGCUGCCAACCUUCCCUCCCCCGCUCUGGGGCCGCCCCAGGGCUCCAGUGCUCUGGCCGCUCCUCCUGGGUUUCGCUGGCAGCCCAGCUCCUUCCUUCCUAGAGAGACUCAUACCAAAUUCUCCCGAGGCCAGAGGACGGUGGGGGGUCUCAAGAGAAUAUUGGCCCAGAAGUGGGGUGCCUUUAGCUUACUUUCUUUCCUCCUCUCUUUCUCUCUUGCAUAACGCUCUUCUUCCCUUUUACACCACUGCCUGCACCCCACCUCUCUCUCCCUGCCACCUCCUUGCCACCCCACUCGUGGGGCAACAGCUAUUGGCAGGGUCUCCACCUGAUGCCAGCCUCAUCUCCUUCCUUACUAGCCCCCAACGGGGGCCCAGGAGACAUGGCGGGUGUGGUCCGAGAACCAGCCCUCUCAGUUGCUCUCUGGUUGAGUUGGGGGGCAGUGCUGGGGGCCGUGGCUUGUGCCACAGCUGUGAUGAUCCAACACACAGAGCUACAAGCCCUAAGGAGAGAGGUGAGCUGUCUCCAGAGGACUGAAGGAACCUCCGUGAAGGGGGCAGGGCACCCAUGGUCGGGCCUCCAGAAACAGCAGAGCCCUGAUGCCCCGGAAGCCUGGGAGAAUGGAGAGAGAACUCGAAGAAGGAGAUCUGUGCCCAAGCAUAAACAGAAGAAGCAGCACUCAGUUCUGCAUCUUGUUCCCAUUAACACCACCUCCAAGGAGGACUCUGAUGUGACAGAAGUGAUGUGGAAACCAGCUUUCAAGCGUGGUAGAGGUCUGGAGGCCCAAGGACACGUUGUUCGCGUCUGGGAGGCCGGAAUCUACCUGCUGUACAACCAGGUCCUGUUUCACAAUGGGACUUUCACCAUGGGGCAGGUGGUAUCCCGGGAGGGCCAGGGAAGGCGAGAGACUCUAUUCCGAUGUAUCCGAAGCAUGCCUUCCAACCCAGAAUGGGCCUACAAUACUUGCUACAGUGCUGGUGUCUUCCAUUUACACCAAGGGGAUAUUCUGAGUGUCAGAAUCCCCCGGGCGAGGGCGAAUCUUAGCCUCUCUCCACAUGGAACCUUCCUGGGGUUUGUGAAACUGUGAUUUUGUUCUAUAUAUUAUAUAUAUAAAA